AUGCUAAAGCUUCUUGAAGAUGAUGGCUGUGGGAAACUUGAAAGUGAGAAUGACAUUGAAGCUGCAUUGGCCGCUAGAGAGUUAGAAAAUGCUGUUACUGAAGUUAAAAGUAAAGCCAAAACUCACCUUCCUGGCAAAAGGGCUGCUUUGGAAGAAAUAGGAAAUAAAGUUACAACGAGAGGAACAAGUUUAGCUAAGAAAACAGAAUGCUCCAAAGCAUCCACAAAGCCUACGAAAGGACCUGGUAAGGUGACAAAUGUACUGCCUAAACCUCCAGCUGCUGUGAAUCAAGCACUCAAAAGAACUACCGUUAAAAAGGUCAUGUCUCCUGUCCCCAUGGAUGUAUCUAAGCAAGAGGAGGAUUUAUGCCAAGCCUUCUCUGAUGUGUUGCUCAACAACGUAGAGGACAUUGAUGUUGAGGACUGGGAGAAUCCCCAGAUGUGCAGUGACUACGUGAAGGAUAUCUACGGGUACCUGCGAGAGCUGGAGCUGCAGCAGGCUGUGCGCCUGCACCACCUCGAUGGGAAGGCCAUCAACAGCCGCAUGCGCGCCAUCCUGAUCGACUGGAUUGUCGACGUCCACUCCAGGUUCCAGUUUUUUCAGGAAACACUGUAUAUGUGUGUUGCAAUUAUGGAUCGCUUCGUACAAAGUCACCGAAUACAUAGUACGAGGUAUCAGCUGGUGGGUAUAACAUCACUGCUCCUAGCCUCAAAAUAUGAAGAGAUGUACUGUCCUGAUAUAGAAGACAUGAUUUACCUUACUAACUAUGCCUAUAAGAGUGCUGAAGUUAGAGAAAUGGAGAUUUUGAUUCUCAGAGAGUUAAACUUCAAUUUGGGACGACCUCUUCCAAUUCAUUUCUUAAGAAGAGCAUCAAAAGCUGCGGAGGCUGAUACUAAGCAACAUACACUAGGAAAAUACCUGAUGGAGCUGACACUGGUAGACUAUGACAUGGCCCACUACCGUCCUUCAGAGCUUGCAGCUGCUGCAGCGUGCUUGUCCCAAAAGAUUCUGGGACGUGGCAAAUGGGGUGCAAAGCAGCAGUACUACACUGGGUAUGCAGAGGACAGUCUUCUGAUAAUUAUGAAACACAUGGCCAAGAAUGUGGUCAAAGUAAAUGACAACUUAACGGAUUACAUGACUGUCAAGAAGAAGUAUGCAAGCAGCAAACUACUGGCCAUCAGCACCAUCCCUCAGCUGAACGGCAAGAUAAUCAGGAACCUGGCUUCACCGGUCUUGUGA